AUGUCAUGGGGCAAUGGCUCUGAAGUGACCGAGUUCAUUCUGGUGGGUUUCUCGGGCUCUCUGAGCCUGCACCUGGGCCUACUAGUGUUGUUCCUGCUGGCCUACAUGCUGACGGUUACCGAGAACCUGGUCAUCAUUGUGGUCAUCCGUGCUAGCCCCACACUGCACAAGCCCAUGUAUGUGUUUCUCAGCAACCUCUCCUUUCUGGAGGCCUGGUAUGUCUCUGUCACGGUACCCAAGAUGCUGUUAAGCCUGGCAGCACCCGAGUUCCGCCGCAUCUCCUUCUCAGGCUGCAUGGCGCAACUCUACUUCUUCCUGGCUCUGGCCUGCACCGAAUGCGCGCUUCUGGGCGUCAUGGCUUACGACCGCUAUGUGGCCAUCUGCAGCCCCCUGCGCUACCCCACCAUCAUGAGUCCCAGCUUCUGCAGUCUGUUGGCGGUCGGCUCUUGGCUGUCGGGCUUCACCAUCUCCCUGGGGAAGGUCUUCUUCAUCUCACGCCUGGGCUACUGCGGCCCCAAUGUCAUGAACCACUUUUUCUGUGACGUAUCUCCACUGCUGAACCUGGCAUGCUCCGACAUGUCAGUGGCUGAGCUGGUGGACUUCCUGCUGGCGCUGCUCAUCCUGCUGGGGCCACUGCUGCUCACCAUCUUCUCCUACACGGCCAUUAUCAGCACAGUGCUGCGCAUCCCAUCCGCUGAUGGCCGCCAAAAGGCCUUCUCCACCUGCGCCUCCCACCUGGCCGUGGUGGUCAUCUUCUACUCAGCUUCCCUCUUCAUCUACGCCCGCCCCCGUGCCAUCUACUCCUUCAACUUCAACAAGCUGGUGUCCGUGGUCUACACGGUGCUGACCCCCAUGCUCAACCCCAUCAUCUACUGUCUGCGCAACCGUGAGGUCAAGGACGCUCUGGACAAGUUGGUUCAGAGAGUGGCCCAGGCCCUAGGUGUCUCCUCGUAG